AUGAUGGGCAUGAAGUAUCGAUAUGAUGUCCCGGCUGAGAAACGGUCUUGGCGGGAUACGAUGCAGCAUAAUGAGAAGCUGUACCGAAAGUCGUCAUCUUUCGAUGCCGAUUCGCUGCUAAGAUCACAGGCGACUUCACAGGAAGAGGUGACGGAGAAAGAGGAAACAGUGGAACGUACUGAGGUUGAUGUAAAGACUGUGAUUGCCUCGGAAAAGGUUACGGAGCAGAUGGGGGCUGUGCGCGAGCGGCCGCUCAUAAGCACUGAGGUGUUAGACGUGCCGAGCCAGCGUGCACUCGCGUUUUCGCUGUUCCUGAUCAUCCAGACGUACAAACUGUACGAUCUUGUCCUGCUGAAGUCGGGGUUGCCUGUUUCAGGCGUGCUGUUGACGAACUCGAAGUUCAACUUCAUUUCGAAAUACGCGAUUGUGGACUCUCUGUUCCUGUACUUUUUACCGAGCUUCAAGAUUCCAAAGCUGAGGUUUCGGCCGAUAGUGACUUUUCUACAAAUUCUGCUAGCUGUGGCACUUACUAUUCUACUUUCAAACGACACCAACAUUCCUCUCAUUUCACUCUUGGUCUCCGCGUGGGGGCGAUAUAACACGAAGGAGCUGAGCUUAACGGGCGCUUCUGUCAAUCACAGGAAGAUCAUGGACACGUCGUCACACUUUAAGGGCGCGCACACGAUCAAGAUUCUACCUGAGAACACGGUCAUGUUUAAUCCUUUCCACGAGUCAUUCUGCCUGCCAAUGGAAAUGGCGAUCACAGACUUGAAAGUACCAAUUCGUAUAAACUCCACUUCCGAAAUUAGCUUUUUGCAGCUUGAGCAUCACGAUAUCUACACGAACGAGAUACAGCUGCUAAACUUCACCAGAAAGGAACUCUCAAAGAUGAAUGUUAAGAGCGAACCAGAUCCUCAAAUUCUGUACCUACAGGUUCCUCUAGAAAGGGUCGGUUUUUACCAGUUAAAGAAGAUUGUGGAUACAAACAACUUUGGCUUGAGAAUUUAUAAGCCGCAGGUUAUUGUAAGUCAUUGUCCGAUGGCUACUGUUGGGGGAAUUGGCUCCAAGGAUAAAUGCAUUGGUGACCAAGAUACGGUAACAAUCCAGGUGACAGGGGUUCCACCCAUGAAGUUAAAAUACACUAAAACUAUCAAUAAUGAAGACUUUAAUUUUGUUGACUCAUCGCUGCAACCUGAAUAUUUUGAAUCACCUUUGUUAUCAAAUAAGAAGACUUUUUCGAGAGCAGAUAUUGCAGAUUUAAAGUGGGCCAGGACUUACCCCGUCGAUAUCACACUGGAGUCGUUUAUCAACAGCGAUGGUGUAUAUAGCUAUGCGAUUGACGAGGUGGUUGACGGUCUUGGAAAUGUGAUGGAUUUUAAAGCUUUGUCUCCAGAGGUGCUGGAAAAGUAUGAACUAGAGCACACGUUCCACGCUCACGACCUUCCACGUGCAUCUCUUGAUGAAAAAAUCAACCCUAAUUCAGGUACCAAGAGGUCGUUGUUAUUACAUGUUGAAUCCAGUUCGGCUCAACAGGAUGUUCCGUACCUUGCCGCAAUCAACUACGAACACAACAACGAAAGGUCUACAUUAGAGUAUGAGUUUACUGACCAGAACGCCGAAAUAUUUAUUGAAAACCCCGGUGCUUAUACGUUGACCUCCAUCCGCUCUAAAUACUGCUCUGGUGCUAUUCUUGGCAAAUCCACGAUAGUAGUCACAAAACCUAUCCCUCCUCAAUUGAGCGUCAAGUCAACCCCUAUUCUUGAUCAAUGUAUUGGUCAGGUCGGUUUAAACUUCGAUCUCACCUUUACCGGUGUACCACCAUUUUAUUACACCGCCAAGAUAUACAAGCAGGAAAAUGGCCAACUUAGAUUGCAUGAAAAGAAGGAUUUCAAGUCGCAGGGUACCAGAAAUCAAUAUAGUUAUAACCCAACUACUGAAGGUCACUAUGAAAUUGUAUUUGAUGCCAUAUCUAAUACACUAUUCAAAGAUCCUAUUCCAUUGCUACCAGCUUCUGAUUACACCUUUAACACUUCCAUGCGAGUAAAGGCUAACGCUGUUAUCAAUACGAAAUAUGAUUCCACGUUGUGCCUGGGGGACCGGAGCAAGAUACCCGUGAAGUUCACCGGCGAACCUCCGUUUAACUUGGACUAUGAUAUCGUGGAAACAUCUUCGAACAAAAGGAUAUCUUAUCAUCUCGAGAAGGUAACAUCCUACCACUAUGAUAUACAAACACCGCCAUUUAAUGUAGGCGGUGAUUAUAUCUUAUCGUUAAUUUCCGUCAAAGAUUCAUCAGGAUGUUUGGUACCAUUAAGCGGUAACGAUGCUCGGAUAAAUGUCAGAAGAGACAUUCCUACCGCUGCCUUCAGCCUUGCAAACUCAACUACAAAUGAGUUGAAGAUUAAGGAAGGUUCUACUGCUUUUUUGCCUUUGAGACUCUCUGGUGAACAACCAUUUACAGUCAGGUAUCAACAUAUAAGCAAGGAUGGUACCGCAUCAGGGACAUAUGAAUCUAAAUUCCAAUCCAAUUACAGACCUGUGCUGAAAGUCAAUCAAGAAGGGUCUUAUAGAUUGCUGUCUAUGAAAGACCAUAGCUGCGAUGGUAACGUUGAGUCAGAACUUAUGCCGAAGGUAUCUUUCUUCGAGAAGCCAACGUUCUCCGUUGUGGAACAUAAUAAAAUUGCCAAACUGAACAGUUUUAAUUUUGCUAAAGAGCCUGUCUGUCAGGGCUUUGAGGAAACUGUUGAUCUAUCGUUGGUUGGCUCCGCGCCUUUCACGGUUAUGUACGAAUUAACCUCGCCAAAUGGCCAGAUUACUUCCAAAUCCAUUCAAGUGGCGACGAAGUAUGCAUCCCUGAAGUUACCAAAUGACCAUCAAGGUGAAUAUAUUCUAACUGUUAAGGCCGUUUAUGAUUCCUACUACACACAGCAUGACUUGCAAGGAAAGCCGUUGAGAUCAGCCGAAGUAACUAUAAGGCAGACUGUUAAUCCACUACCAACCGUGAGAUUCGCUGAUAGAGGUAAGACUUAUAGAACAUGUUCAGCCAAUGUUGACCAGCCUUAUUUGUUGGACGCUAUACCACUGCAUAUUAGUGGCGGCAAGGGCCCAUACUCUAUUUCUUUCAGUAUCUACCACGAAAGCACUUCGAAAACCGACUUUUUGACACUUGACAACGUGACGCUAGAUUCAUUUGACUACACACAAUUAUACCAUGGAUUGAAGCUUGGGAAUCACAUCGUCAGCAUUGAAAAGGUUGUAGACAAAAAUGGUUGCAUUAACGAUGCCAUCAUGGAGAAUAAUCACGUACUAAUAUCUAUAACGGACGUCCCAAAGAUUGUGCUAAUGGAUCCAACCAUGGAGUAUUGUGUUGGUGACUAUGUUUCAUACCAACUAAAUGGUGUUGCACCAUUCCUAAUUAAGUAUGAGUUCAAUGGCGUACAACUAAGAUCCAAGGAACAAACCUCACAAUUUGUCAGAUUUGCCAGUGAACCAGGUAUGAUUUCUAUCAAUUCCAUUCAAGAUUCAUCGUCUCACUGUGUCAUAGACUUCUCAAACCCUGCUCUGAAAGCUGAGUUUGAAAGACUUUCUCUACUAGUACAUCCAAUUCCGUCUGUUACUGUCUCGCAGGGUGAUAAUGUUAUUGAAGACAUACACGAAGGUGAUCAAGCAGAAGUGAUUUUUACUUUUGAAGGUACGCCACCAUUUUCUUUGACCUAUGUGCGGACAGAAGAGGUAGAUGGCAGAAAGGGGAGGAGACCUCAAAUUGUAGAAACCCAUAAGGUUACUGACAUUUACUCAUAUGAGUACCGUGUUAGUACCAGUCUACAGGGUACAUAUGAGGCCAUUGAGGUAGCUGACGCCUUCUGCUCAGCGAAGAAUGAUGCAUUUUUCAACAAUUAUUGA